GCGCGGCCGCGGCUCCGUUUCCGGUGGCUGGUUGCGCUCGCUCACCCCAGCUGCAGCCACUCUCUCCCGUGGCUGCUUCCUCCAUCCUGGUAUUUUUUGGAGCCUCCAUCCUGGUUCUUCCAAAGUGCCCGGACCCAAAACAGGAAAGUGUUGCAGAUGCACAAGCAUGGAGGAGAAACAGUCUGGAUAACGUGAGUGAUGCUGCUGGCCAAAGCACAGAGGCGUGAUUCUAUGGGAAGGGCUGUAGCUAAUCUAUCUGUGGUCUAGAUUUGAGUAUGAGCACAGUUGAAGAGGAUUCUGACACAGUAACAGUAGAAACUGUGAAUUCUGUGACGUUUACUCAGGACACAGACGGGAACCUCAUUCUUCAUUGCCCUCAGAAUGACCCUGAUGAAAUAGACUCAGAAGACAGUACUGAACCUCCACAUAAGAGGCUUUGUUUGUCCUCCGAGGAUGAUCAGAGCAUUGAUGACUCUACACCGUGCAUAUCGGUUGUGGCACUCCCACUUUCAGAAAAUGAUCAGAGCUUUGAGGUGACCAUGACGGCAACUACAGAGGUGGCAGAUGAUGAACUUUCUGAGGGAACUGUGACACAAAUUCAGAUUUUACAGAAUGAUCAACUAGAUGAGAUGUCUCCAUUGGGUACCGAGGAAGUUUCUGCAGUUAGCCAAGCAUGGUUUACAACUAAAGAAGACAAGGACUCUCUCACUAACAAAGGACAUAAAUGGAAGCAAGGGAUGUGGUCCAAGGAAGAAAUUGAUAUUUUGAUGAACAACAUCGAGCGCUAUCUGAAGGCUCGCGGAAUAAAAGAUGCUACAGAAAUCAUCUUUGAGAUGUCAAAAGACGAAAGAAAAGAUUUCUACAGGACUAUUGCGUGGGGGCUGAACCGGCCUUUGUUUGCAGUUUAUAGAAGAGUGCUGCGCAUGUAUGAUGACAGGAACCAUGUGGGAAAAUACACUCCUGAAGAAAUUGAGAAGCUCAAGGAGCUCCGGAUAAAGCAUGGCAAUGACUGGGCAACAAUAGGGGCGGCCCUGGGAAGAAGCGCCUCUUCUGUCAAAGACCGCUGCCGGCUGAUGAAGGACACCUGCAACACAGGGAAAUGGACAGAAGAAGAAGAAAAGAGACUUGCAGAGGUAGUUCAUGAAUUAACAAGCACGGAGCCAGGGGACAUCGUCACACAGGGUGUGUCUUGGGCAGCUGUAGCGGAAAGAGUGGGUACCCGCUCAGAAAAGCAAUGCCGUUCUAAAUGGCUCAACUACCUGAACUGGAAACAGAGUGGGGGAACUGAGUGGACCAAGGAAGAUGAAAUCAACCUCAUCCUCAGGAUAGCUGAGCUUGAUGUAGCUGAUGAAAAUGACAUAAACUGGGAUCUUCUAGCUGAGGGAUGGAGCAGUGUUCGUUCACCACAGUGGCUUCGAAGUAAAUGGUGGACCAUCAAAAGGCAAAUCGCAAACCAUAAGGAUGUUUCGUUUCCUGUCUUAAUAAAAGGUCUUAAACAGUUACAUGAGAACCAAAAAAACAACCCAGUGCUUUUGGAGAAUAAAUCAGGAUCUGGAGUUCCAAACAGUAAUUGCAAUUCCAGUGUACAGCAUGUUCAGAUCAGAGUCGCCCGCUUGGAAGAUAAUACAGCCAUCUCUCCAAGCCCCAUGGCAGCGUUGCAGAUUCCCGUCCAGAUCACCCACGUCUCUUCAACAGACUCCCCUGCUGCUUCUGUUGACUCAGAAACAAUAACACUAAACAGUGGAACACUACAAACAUUUGAGAUUCUUCCAUCUUUCCAUUUACAGCCUACUGGUACUCCAGGCACCUACCUUCUUCAAACAAGCUCAAGUCAAGGUCUUCCCCUAACACUGACCACAAGUCCCACAGUAACCCUGGCAGCUGCUGCUCCUGCUUCUCCUGAACAGAUCAUUGUUCAUGCUUUAUCCCCGGAACAUUUGUUGAACACAAGUGACAAUGUCACAGUACAGUGUCACACACCAAGAGUCAUCAUUCAAACUGUUGCUACAGAGGACAUCGCUUCUUCAAUAUCCCAAGCAGAACUGACAGUUGAUAGUGAUCUUCAUUCAUCUGAUUUUCCUGAGCCUCCAGAUGCACUAGAAGCAGACACUUUCCCAGAUGAAAUUCCUCGGCCUAAGAUGACUAUACAACCAUCAUUUAAUAAUGCUCAUGUGUCUAAAUACAGUGACCAAAAUAGCACAGAACUGAUGAAUAGUGUCAUGGUCAGAACAGAGGAAGAAAUUGCUGACACUGACCUUAAGCAAGAACAGCCUUCCGACUUAGCCAGUGCUUAUGUUACUGAGGAUUUAGAGUCUCCUACCAUAGUACACCAAGUUCAUCAGACAAUUGAUGAUGAGACAAUACUUAUCGUUCCUUCACCACAUGGCUUUAUCCAGGCAUCUGAUGGUAUAGACGCUGAGUCUGUCUUGCCUUUGACAACACUAACAGAUCCCAUAUUUCAACAUCAUCAGGAAGAAUCGAAUAUAAUUGGAUCAUCUUUGGGCAGUCCUGUUUCUGAAGACUCAAAGGAUGUUGAGGACUUGGUAAACUGUCACUAGAUUAUUAGAAGCAGGUACUUCAGGAAGCCACAUUGUUGACUACAUUGUCUCCAAAGAAAGGAGCCAUCCCAAGAGUCUUGGUCUGCCAUUCCUCUGGCCUGUGCAUAGCUGCUGUGCUUAAGCCAUGCACAUCGUUGCUGCUGUUACUUUUUACCUCCUUUUAAGUAGAUCAUCUGAGGUCCAAUUUUAUAAGUGUGUUAUGAUGGAGGAUAGGAAGUGUGAGCUGCCCAGACUUGUUAAGUUUUGUGUCAAGAGGGAGUUGCAGUCACUGCAGCUACUUCUGUCACCAAAGCUUCACUCCUCUGGUUUACAUCUAAGCAGUAAUACCCAUCUCUGCGGUGGACACUGAGCUCUGCCCAGACUCAGGCUGGUCUGCUUACAAUUCAGGUUAUAUUAGCAACAAGGUCCAGCUCACCUUAGCAGUGACUUUCAGAAAGACUAACUUAGGAGUUUAUGACAUGACCAGCAUCCAGGUCCAAGAUCAUGGGAGGUGGCUGUGAUGGUUAACCCAUUGCUGGCAGUGGGAGCUGACUGAGGCAGGGUAAAGGACAGAGCAGAGAGUCAAGAAAAUUCACUACAGGUCUUUGGUUUUUAACUUUUAAAGGGAAUGUGGGUAAAGUGGUAACAAUGCACUGGUAACCAAGCAGUUAUCACCCUCAUCAGAACCAGUCCUUAGUUUACAGUUAGCACUUUGAGGUGAGAUUACAUGAGGGGAGGUAAUAUUGCCUGUAUUUGAUAACCAUGACUUUUUUUUAUUACACGUUUUACUAUAUAAAUUGCCCAGAAGAUAGUUGAGGGGUAUUAGAGUAUGCUGUUCACUUAGUGCAUUACCUGGUGGGGGUACAGUAUAGCUUCUCCCUCAGGCACUUUUAAAAAACAAAGUUUGCUUCUGUAUCAAAAGAAAACAAAUCAAGAGUCAUUCCUAAGGUAAAGCCAAAAAGUAGCCUCUAGGGCUUUAAUGAUAUGAUCAUUAUAGAAAAGU